GUGUGUUUUUGUUUUCGGAUGGAAUGGAUUUCGCCAAGAAGAUUCUCAACAAAUAUGGCUGGAAAGAAGGCGAGGGGCUUGGCAAAAACAACACCGGCAUUGCGGCUCCAUUGAAGGCCAGCCUGAAGUUCGACAACGCCGGCUUGGGAGUGGAUCGAGCACAGGAAUUCAACGACCAUUGGUGGGAGCGGUGCUUCAAUGAGGCAGCCAACAAUGUGGAGGUCCAGGUGCAGCAGAACGGCCAAGUCAGCACAAAUCGCAAGCAGGGCGAGGAGGCUGUCGAGAUCUCCACCAAGGGCUUCUCUGCCCGCAAGCUGAGGAAGGCCAAGGAGCAGCAGGCCGUUGCUGGUGCAGCCACCUACGACAACUUCCUGCAGACGGCGCUGCUCACCCAAAACGGUGGCGAGGUGGACAAUACAGAACGCAUCAAAGUGGAGGACAUAGCCGUCACCAAGGUCAGUGUCCUCACAGAUGAGGAGCUGUUCAAGGCUUGCGGCGGACGAACGGCACACAAAGGGGCUCGCCAUGGUCUGAAAUUGAGUGGGAAACUGGCCCGAAUAGAGCAGCAGGAGCGCGAGAUGCUAGAGAAGCUGCAGAGCAGGCAAAAGUCGGUUUUAGAUGAGGAACCAACCAAAAAAAAGAAGAAAAGAGACAAAUCAGAGCAGACCCAGGAGUUGCAGGAGGAGGCUGAAGAACAGCCCGAAGAUGUGGCCGCAGAGCCAGUGGAGGAGCCCGUAAAGUACAAAAAGAAGAAGCGCAAGACUGAGGAAUCCAUUGAAACUGAAGCUGAGCCGCCCGUCAAGAGUAAAAAGAAGAAAAAGAAGCACAAGCACAGGCAGGAGGAUAAGGAAUAGGUUAAGGCUGGAGGAUUCAUUAAUUUGGAACUCGUUUCGUGGAGUCUAUUUAGUGCACAUAAACUUGUAUGUAUUUAGUUAUAAUAAAUCUAUACACGAUCUGCGGAAGGCA